UUUCACAGGUUCUCCUCUGAGGUCGGCCUCUAACAGGACACAUUGUUGGCAGGACACACAUGUUUGCAUUCGGGUGAAGUAAAGAGGUUUGUGUGAAAGCUGCAGAGGCCGAGCGGAGACGAGACAUGGAGGCUGUGUUUGGACUGUUGCUGAUGCUGCUCGGAGUCUCUCAUGGUGUGGAAAUCAUCUGUGAUGUCCAACAGGAGGGUGGAGCUCAGUGUUAUGGAGCUUUGGGAGGAACUGUGAUCCUGAAGAUGAAGGAUCGAUCACCAGCAAGAUUUGAAAUACGAAAAAACGCCACAGCUAUAUUCCGCUGGGCGAAUAAUAACAUUUCAUUGAAUACAUUAGAAAACAGAUCCUUGUUUACUCCUAGUGCUGGAACGUUUAGGAUCAAUAACCUGAUAAAAUCUGACUCAGAUGAAUACAGAUUUAGAAUAUCUGAUUCAAGUGGAAUGACAGUACUGGAUCAGACUCUACGGUUGUCUAUUCAAGCUCCUGUGUGGUCUGUCCYGCUGGUCUCUAAGUGUCUGUCCCAGGGAGAGAUGAGGGUGUCCUGCGUCUCUGAGGGAGGGGACAGUCUUCAGUACAGAUGGACUCUGAAUGGACGCACGCUGAGUGAAGACAGGCUCCUCAAUGGAACUCAUGAGACUGACAACAUCACUCUGAAACAGGACGUCUCUGGAAGUCUGGGCUGCUCGGUCAAGAACCACGUCAGUGAUAGAGAGACAGUAGAGAUAAUAUCUACCUGUGGCUUCAUCUUCAUUGACUGCAUAGACUCUAAUGAGACACACAUAUCACAGUGGGUGUUUGCAGCCAAUAACACACUGUGUGUUGAUCCGACCACUAAGGCCCCAGACGCGACUGUGGGUAAGAAGAUUGAUGUUACAGUGUCACUUAAACCCACCAUUAAUAUCACAUCCUCCAAUCACACUGUGACUUCCUUCAGCAGAGAGGACUCCUGGUUCAUUACAAUGGCUGGUGUGCUCGCUGCACUGGCUGUCCUCUUACUGGUCGGGGGAGCCGUCAUCUAUGCUUUGAAGAAAAAGAAAAACCACCAACCUGAAGAAGACGGAGAUGAGAAGGAAUUGACCUACUCAGAAGUGAGGAUUGUGCAGAGAGGGCGGGUGCAGCAGAGGGUGGACCCGGACGUGGAGGUGGAGUAUGGCCAAAUCAAGUUUUCAAAGCGACCUCGGCGGACUGUUGAACUAACAGAAGAUGACUGCGUGUACGCCAAGGUCCGUUAAGUCAGUGCUUUUACCAAGAUGGCGAUGAUAGAGGAAGAAACGGCUUGUCAGGAUGCCAGGAGGACUUUCACCUUAAUUUAAUGUGUUCUCAGUAGGAAAACACAGCCUGUGAAAGCUGAUACAUGUUGUGAUUUUCUUUACUUUUACUUUACGCCUGGGUUGCGACUGGCUAUCAGAUCAUCUAGUCUUAUAAAAGGAAACCUUUCAGCUUAACAUUACCACGCAGGCCCCUGGAAGUUACAUGGCCAAAUCAAUUCUGUCAUUUGAAUCACGCUGUGACUAUUUAAAAAAAGAAAGACAUUUAUUUAACAUUUUCUUACAUUUCUGUCUCAUUUUCAUUCUCCCUUAUUUAUAAGCAUUUUAUAUCAUUGUUAGAACUGUGUAAAGUUGCAACAACGCUGAUGCAAAUUUAAUAGAAUAAAAAUGUAAAAAUCUAUCAAAUAUAAAAAUACAAAAAUAUUAUGUAUAUAUAAUAUUAUUACAUUUAGUUUCAUUGCUUUACAGUGUGUGGCAGACAUAUAAUCACAGAAGAUAUUUCAUCAGUGCGUUUAUGUCGGUAAAUCAUUUGUGUAUAUAAACUGGCAACUGUAACCUUUAACCACUGAAUUAUAAGAAAUUGCAGUUACUUAAAUUAGAAUGUGUCAAACACUCAGUUGAGGAGAGUGUGUGUAAGUGUGUGUGUUUGUGCGGGGGAGUUUAGGUCAAACUCCAGCAGCGUCUCUAUCCUUCGCAGUUCAGCUUGCGGAGAAAUGUCAUGUCUCUGGAAUUUUGUAUAGGCAACAUUUUCCGUGAAGUCAGAGCUUCUGCUUUUCGGUAGACAAGCAGUCGGUCUUACACAAUGCUUGAGCUGGAUGUGAAAUUCUAAAAGACCUUAUUAGGGUGUGAAAAUGAUUUGUGACAGUUAAUGGUGACAUAUCCCUCAAAAUACAUCUGAGUGAAUUGUGUGUAGUCACAAUAAUACUCCUUCUAAAAAGUGAGGGAUUGAGUUGCAGUUGAAGUUUG